AUGGAAGGGGGUUGGCCUGCUGGGGGGGGAUUCCUCCUCUAUCUCACUGUCAGCCUUCUGCUUCCAGGAAAAGGCGACACUUUCACCAUCAAUUGCUCAGGCUUUGACCAGCAUGGGGUGGAUCCUGCUGCCUUCCAAUCAGUGUUUGACAGAAAGGCCUUCCGUCCAGUUGUCAACAACAGCAUCCCCACUCGUGUCAACAUCUCCUUCACUCUGUCUGCCAUCCUGGAAGUGAAUGCACAGCUCCAGCUUCUGACAUCAUUCCUGUGGAUGAAUUUGAUGUGGGACAAUGCCUUCAUCAGCUGGAACCCAGAGGAGUGUGUCAGCAUCGAUCAACUCACUGUAUCAGCUGAAAACCUGUGGCUCCCAGACGUCUUCAUUGUGGAAUCCAUGGAUGUGGAUGGAGCACCUCCAGGUCUCACUGCAAUUGUCAGCAGUGAAGGUCGAAUGAAGUAUGACCGGCCAGUGCGGGUGACCAGCAUCUGUAAUCUAGACAUUUUCUACUUCCCUUUUGACCAACAGAACUGCACCUUCACCUUCAGCUCCUUCCUCCACACAGUGGACAGCAUUCUCCUGGGAAUGGACAAGGAAGUGUGGGAGAUAACAGACACAUCCCGCAACCUCAUCCAGACCCAGGGAGAGUGGGAGCUCCUGGGCAUCAACAAGGCCACCCCAAAGAUGUGGGUGGGCAGCAACCUGUAUGACCAGAUCAUGUUCUAUGUGGCCAUCAGGCGCAGGCCCAGCCUCUACAUCAUAAACCUGCUGGUGCCCAGUGGCUUUCUGGUUGCCAUUGACGCCCUCAGCUUCUACCUGCCGGCAGAAAGCGAGAAUCGUGCCCCAUUCAAGAUAACACUUCUGCUGGGCUACAACGUCUUCCUGCUCAUGAUGAAUGACCUACUCCCUGCAACUGGCACCCCCCUCAUCAGUGUCUACUUUGCCCUGUGUCUGUCCCUGAUGGUGAUCAGCCUGCUAGAAACCAUCUUCAUCACCCACCUAUUGCACAUGGCUACCACCCAGCCCCCACCAAUGCCUUGGUGGCUCCACUCUCUGCUCCUCAACUGCACCAGCCCAUGGAAGUGCUGCUCUGCUGCACCUGGGAAGGGAAAUAAGGGCCUGGGCCUCACCCACCUGCAUGGUGUGAAGGAGCCCGUGGAGUUAGUGGGGAAGAUGCCAGGUCCCAGAGAGGCAGAGUUAAAUGGGUGUCCUGGGUCACCAAGGACCCAUCAGGAAGAUGAGACCCAGAAGCAGCACUUGGUCAACCUGUGGGUGCAGUUCAGCCACAUGAUGGACACCCUGCUCUUCCGCCUCUACCUGCUCUUCAUGGCCACCUUCAUCAUCACAGUCAUUGUCCUCUGGAACACCUAG